CCGCCGCCCUCCCGGUGCCAGCAUGAGCGGCGGCGGCCGCGCCCCCCCCGCGCGGCGCUCCUUCGGGGCGCCGUCGCCCCUCAGCGGGGCUCCGGGGCUGCUGGCGGCGGCGGCGGCGGCUCGGGGAGCGGAGCGGGAGGAGUUGGCGGCCCUGAACGAUCGUUUCGCCGCUUUCCUGGAGCGGGUGCGGGCUCUGGAGCGGCAGAACGGGGCCCUUCGGGCAGCGCUGGGCCGCGCCGCCGCCGCCGCCGCGCCCCGCACGGCCGGGCUGGUGCAGGGGGAGCUGCGGGGCCUGCGUGAGCGGCUGCAGCUCCUCGGCCGGGACCGGGACCGCCUCCAGACAGAGCGAGACGGGCUGGCAGCUGACCUGGCGGCCCUGCGGCAGCGGCUGGAGGAUGAGACCCAGAAGCGGGAGGAUGCGGAGAAGAGCCUGGUGCUGUUCCGCAAGGACGUGGAUGAUGCCACCUUGUCCCGACUGGAGCUGGAGCGGAAGGUGGAGCUGCUGCUGGAUGAGAUCGGCUUCCUCAGGAAGCUGCAUGAGGAGGAGCUGCGGGACCUGGAGGUGAGCACCCUGAGCCCGGUGCCUCCGGUGGAGCUCUGCAAACCGGAGCUGACAGCUGCGCUGCGGGAGAUCCGCACCCAGUACGAGAGCAUCGCCGUGAGGAACCUGCAGGAGGCCGAGGAGUGGUACAAGUCCAAGUUUGCAGACCUCUCGGACGCAGCCAACCGCAACCAGGAGGCGCUGCGCUUGGCCAAGCAGGAGAUGAACGAGUCACGGCGGCAGAUCCAGAGCCUCACCAGCGAGGUGGAUGGGCUGAAGAGCAUGAACGAGGCGCUGCAGCGGCAGAUGCGGGAGAUGGAGGCUGAGUUUGGGGAGGAGAUCGGGAGUUACCGGGAUGUGGUGGAGCAUUUGGAGCAGGAGCUGCGGCAGCUCAAGGAGGAGAUGGCGCGGCACCUCCGCGAGUACCAGGACCUGCUCAACAUCAAGAUGGCUCUGGACAUCGAGAUCGCCACGUACCGCAAGCUGCUGGAGGGCGAGGAGAGCAGGAUCACUGUCUCCCCACACCCUCCAACCUCCUUCAGCGGGAGAAGCUCAGUGCUGGAGCCUAUGCAGAGCCUGACUCAGAGGAUGGUGCUUAUCAAAACCAUUGAGACACAGGACGGGCAGCAGGUGGUGACGGAGUCGCACAGACAGAGAGCGGAGCCGGGACAGUGAUGGAGGGUCCGGGCGGGGCUUCACCGGCUGCCCCCCCCAUCCCAGCGUCGCGAUGCAUCCGGUGCCUUGUGCCCGCCUCU